AGUCUUUAUCUUGCAGCUUCUGUCUUCCCAUGGGUCAGAUGCAUAAAUGCACCUCAGAUCUCUCGUGGCCCAUUGUCGCUAUGUCUCCGCUGUGCCCAUUGCUGCUGGCUCUGACCCUGGUGGCCGUCCCCGGUGCCCGAGGCAAGUGCCCGGUGCCUGCAGACCUGAAGAAAGCAGAUGGGACGCGCACGUGCGCCAGGCUCUAUGACAAGAGUGAUCCCUACUAUGACAAUUGCUGCCAGGGACCCCAGCUGUCACUGGAGCCUGGCAGCGACCUGCCCUACCUGCCCUCGGACUGGGCCAACACCGCUUCGUCUCUGGUAGUGGCCCCGCGCUGCGAGCUCACCGUGUGGUCUCUCCCAGGCAAGAAAGGCAAGACUCGCAAGUUCUCUGCAGGCAGCUACCCGCGCCUGGAAGAAUACCGCAGAGGCAUCUUCGGAAACUGGGCCAACGCCAUCUCUGGCGUCUACUGCAAGUGA